AUGUGGAAACUCUGGAGCCCCAAGCUAGGCUGCGCCAUCCCACAGGUGCAGUGGCCCGAUAGAUUCUGCCGGGGAGUCGUCCUGCGUGGAAACCAUGCCCAGAUGCUAAAGGCUAAAGCCAGGCGCUGGCCUUGGGGCCGGGUGGAGGUCCAAGCAGGAAAAGUCCGUGAUGUGGGAAACAGCCAGAAACUCUGUGGAGAAAGCCGCUCGGCCAUCAGGCUCGCCAUGUUGUUCUGGUUCAUCCUCCCGCCGCUGCCGAACAAUAAGACGGCUGGAGCCUGCCGGCCAAGCACUACGACGACGACGGCGGCCAACCUGAAUCCUCGAGCCUUUCCCCCUUUGAUUUGCCCUUGCACGGACCCGCAGAGAGCUCCUUUACUGGCGGUUGCUGGGAUCUCCCUCGGGCUCUCGCCGUGGCCUGCAUAA